AUGGUGGUAUACCCGGGCACGAAGAACGAGUUACUAUACGUCGUAUUUGAAGGAACACAGCUGAGACAGAAGAUGCAUGUUGUGACGCGGUUCUCACAUAGCAUGACAAAAUUGGCCCGUGUGGACAGAGAGAGCGUUAAAUUUAUCAGCACAGAGUAUCUAAACAACACCUUGGGGAUUGGCAAAGAAGCAAUAACCAUCACUGUCGAGAGUGGCGUGUCACUACGCCAACUGAUAGAGGAUGCCGCAAAAGCUAGACUUGCAUUGAGGAUGGCCCCACAUUGGUGGGGGCUAACCGUUGGUGACAAUCCGCAUGAUAUACUUCUUGCUUCCCAAGUUACUAUAAUAGAGCACACGGUAGUACUUGGCAGUGGCCCGGCGUUUCAUGACUAUGUCACUGAGAUGAGAAUGGUUACACUGGCUGAUCACGAUGAAGGAUAUGCCACCGUGAUGGCUCAAUUAGAGUUGAUGUUCAAAAGAGAAAUAACCUAUAUAACCGUUAAGGAUAGCGAUCUUGUGGAGACGGUUGAGAAGUACAGAAGGAGGUUUAAGUUUCCCGACAUAAUGUGCCAGACCGUCAUAAAGGAAGAGAUAGAAUUGCAAAUGAAUGCAGAGGGGAUUUUCACAUUGGCGCGGGAUAUUCCUCAUUCAUUAUCUUCUCAAUCAUAUGGUUUGACAAAUAAUGGUACAACUUACUAUGGCUAUCCAAUGAAUGGAAACCAUAGCGAUCUCAUGUCUCCAGGAGGUUGUCUGGAUCGCCAAAAAGACAGAUUGGCCACAGCUUGUCCAUGGGACUCCCGUGUCAAAGGCCAAUUUAUUCACCAGACCACAUUCACCUUACCUCUUGAGAACGUAAACUACUUCAUAAACGACAUCAAGAGUCUGGUGCAGAUCGAGCCAAAGGCCCUCUGCAGUCUCGAUCUUUAUAGUGGCAUCUUCAUCCGCUACAUACACCCUUCGUUUGCGUACUUGGGAGGCGAAUUUGAAGAUAUGGAAUUCGAGUUCACUUAUUACAGAAGCAGAGACCCUUUAGUUACUCGCAUGUACCAAGACUUCAUGGAGGAGAUCAAACAUAUAAGCUUGCUCAAAUACGAUGGGAUUCCACAUUGGGGGAAAAAAGAAAUGUUGCAUUCAUCAACAGCAUUGACAAGUACCAGGACGCCGCUUUUUUCCUGGAGAUGUAGCGGACGUUUGAUCCUCUAG